UUUUCUGCGUGGAUUAAGCUAUUCAUGUGCUACUUUGAUACUCUUACAUCUAAGGCUAAUAUUUUGUUUGACAUAAAAACCUUAAAUUUCUUAAAACUUUUGAAAAAAGGCUAGUAUAUAUUUUAAGAAAGCAUGGAAUCCAAGCAAAAUAUUAGAAACAAUCUUUUAAAGCAAAACAUUGAUCGGGAAAGAAAUUCAAACAUCGUCGGCGAAAACAAACGCAACGAAUCAGAUUAUUCUUAUGGCAGGGAUCCGGAUAUGUUACAACAAGAUGAAGAAAAAAGCAAAAAUAGACAAAAGACGGAGUCUGCGGAUUCUUAUAGAAAAGAUUAUGACAAUGGAUUUGAAAGAGGAUCACGUUUUAAUAAUACUAAAAAUCUAUGGAUACCAGGCAGCAACAACCGACUUGAUAUUCGGAAGGAAUGGCAAGAUAAAGAUAUAACCAGUUCCGGAAGAACAAAUCAUUCGUACGCAGAUAUUAAUGAACUUCCAAUACCAAACACUACAAAGCCCCGAAAGCAAUCUAAUAGGUGCAGAAUAAUUCAAGUUGUUGGUGUCGUGCUUGUCCUAGCUGUGCUUGGAGUAAUAACAUUUUUUAUUGUGCGGAAUUUUUCAUCAAAAGCGGAAGAAGUUGUAUGCGGUUUGAACGAAAUGAAGGAACCAUCCGGAUCAUGCAAACCUGUGGUGUGUGAGGACAAUCCUGUAGUUCAAAACGGACUGGUAAAUGUAUUAAAAAAAGCGAUCAACUCAACGGCAAAGUUACAGUGCAACCCUGGAUUCAUGGCAAAUACAAAUGUCAAUUUUCAGUGCAUGUCAAACGGGUCUUGGGUAAGUGAUUCCGAAGCAGCGUGCUUUGUGCAUCCAUGCGGACCAUACUUACUAUCUGAUAAUGUCAUAGUGAGCGAGGAUCUAAGCUAUAUCGACAUGUCAAUUACAGUGCGAUGUGCGGAGGGCUUUGAAUUUAAAACCAAAAGUGAAAAACAAAUUCAAUGUGUAAACAAUACAUGGAUAGGAACACCUGAAUGUGAAAUACCAGGUAUAUUAACAACGGAGUCAACAAGUUCUCCAGUAAACGUCGGGGAUUCGUUUGAUAUUUUUUGUCGCCUCAGAGAAUCAUCUAGUUGGCGAACAGUCAUGGUAUCUCGAUCUAGCCUCUCAAAUGAUUCUGUUCCAAACCCAUUAUUCAGCAUCACUUACAACCAUACCAGUGGUAUACGGUAUGGUGCAACCACUUUCCGGGAAAAAGUGUCAACUUUCAGAGAUGGUGUCCACCUUCAGUUAACGUUCGAUACAGCUAACUGUGAUGACACAGGGGUUUACACAUGUGCCGUGAUUGUUGGUGAUAUACAAGUUCCUACAGACCAAAAAAACACGUCGACAGAAAUCAAAGUGAUAGAAACGGCUUCAAAAAUAAAGGAAAUAAUCGCUUCAACAUCCUAUGUUCAAGGGGACGAUGCCAAUGUCGUGUGCAAGGGACUUAUUGGUAAAGAUGAAAACGAGAACAAACUCGGAAACAUAUCUGUGAGAAUAUAUUGGGACGAGGAAACAAGCAAGGAUAUUAACUCUGUCAUUGAUUCAACACAUUCUUCCGGCUGCCAAGUUGAUGAACUUGUUAAUGGAUCAUUCGUUGUAACAAAUGAUAUGCAUGGAGCUGAGUUACAGUGUAUUGCUCGAGGUGAUGAUGGUAGUCGCGAUAAAAAGAGUAUUCUCUUGAAUGUGACAACCACAAAAAUACAGUUAUCUUCCUCGGCGUCUACAGUUGACAUAGGCGAAUACUUUAACAUCUCCACACAUCUUGCUAAUAUCCGAGGAUGGAGUACACUAGAACUGCGAAAAAACUGUAGCGGCACAGAGAUCGCUAUUGUCUCUAUACAGAAAAAUGAUACGCUCUCCAACCUGACCAUAGAAGAAAACAUCGACCUGAUAGAUAGUGAUAUAAACAAUACGACAGCAAGACUGACUUUUCAAUUUCGAAACGUUACAUGUAGCGAUGCAUGUACGAAAGGCGGCGAUAUAGACUACAUAAGUACUGUAGAAAUUGGUGACAGCUGGUUGAUGGCGUCAGAAAGCAUAGUAUUUAAAAUGAAUCCAUCCGUGCCUGUUCUUACGCUAGGACAAGAUAAGUUCUACAAGGGACAAGAGGCGACUUUGAAGUGUACAGGAAACAUUGGUAUACCCCCACAUAUAAUGAGCAUCACAGAAGAUAGUGUCGUUCAAAAAUUGCCACCCUCAAGUUCAGAAGUUUAUCUGAAUCCGGAAACAUGUGAAAAUGUUGAAACAAUUACGCACGAAUUUGAAGUCAAAGACGAAAUGGACGGUCGAAGAUAUCAAUGUGUUACCAGUUUUACGAAUGGAACUAAACUGUCAUCGAAUGUAGAGAUUUUGAAUGUUACUGAUCCAAUUUUAUAUUUCACUGAGGAAAGCAAGACGGGGACAGUAGGAAUCACCAAAUCGAUUCAAUGUAUCCUCACUGAAACGACAAAUCUUAGCUACGUUGUCAUCAGUAGGUUUUCUACCGAAGAAACACUAUGUGAAGUAAACACAGCAGGCAAUGGAACAUGUAGCAAUGAAGCAGAGUUUUCUGUGGAUGGAACCCUGUCUGAAAACAGUACAGUUUUCACCACGACGCUGACCAUACAUACCGUAUCGUGUAUCAAUGAAGUUAUAUAUUCAUGCAAAGCGGUAGGAAUGAACACUUUAAAAACAUCAAUGGAUUUCAAAGUCAUAGCUGCACCUACUAUCCCUAAUUUACGCCUCCCAACAACAAUAGUAGAAGAACAAAUGUCGGAAUGGGAGGACCUUUUAAAGUGUGAUGCAUUCCUUGGUUAUCCUACAAAAAACAGGAGGUUGAAGAUCGAAAAUAAACCUAAAGGUUCGGAUUCCUUCAAAGAUUAUAUCACAGAAAUUUAUGAAAAUGGAGAAUGCGAUCGAGCUUCCUCUAUUGAAAGAACGCAGCACAAGUUUCCGGUAGGCAUGAAUGGCUCGACUAUUAGAUGUGUGGUUACAGAUGAAAACAAUAAUGUAAUAACGUCUAGUACCGAGAAAGAACUUCGAAUCCUGAAAAAUGUUUGUCUCUUUAACGAAACAGGCGACUAUGACCCUCAUCCCUAUAAUUGCAGACGAUUCAUUAGAUGUGUUGGCAAUCGUUUAUAUGAUUUAGAGUGUGCUUCAGGGUCGUGUUCUCUUUGGGACUCAGACCCAAUAUGUAACAGUAGAUAUUGUUCAUCUUGUUGACCCAGUAAUAUGUGAAGUAAUAAAUGAGUGUUUGAAAGACAUUUACAUAGACAGGAAAGUUACACUUUUUAUGAGAUUAAUGUUAUUGAUGCCAAUCAAAUUUUAUGAACCAAUCUUAUAGAUGUGAUUUUCACAAUUAAUUGGUAAUGGUGUAUUUGUAUUUGUCAAUCUUGUACUUUUGAAAAUGACUGAAAGAAAAUUGUGAUAUUUGGCGUAUAACAUAGUCAUGAUGUUUCUGACUGUAGCCUAUAUAGAUUUUUUUCUAGGAAUUUUAAAGAUUAUUUACAGCUCUUCUUUUGAAGAUCAAACUUGAGGAUAUUUAUCAAUGGGUUAAAGUGGUUAAGUCAACAAUUAGCAUUUUAUUAUUUCAAGUAUUAAAACAAACAAUAAACUUGUAUCAUACUGGUAUUCUUAUGAAUUGUUUGAGUUCCAGAGUGGUAUGAACAUAUAUUUGAUAUGAUACAAUUAUUAUAAUAUGUAAUAAAUAUAUGAUAGAAUAUCA